AUGUAUCACACCGAAGCGCUCGUUUGGCCAGGCACGUUUUGGCGCGCCGAGUACGUUGCUACGAGGCUGUGGCCUGGCCGUUGCUCUUCUCUCGGUUGUCCGCGAUGGGAUGCUCUAUACGCCGGCCACGAGCCAUCGUGUGGCAUCAUGUUCUCGGCGCUUGCUCAGGCAGCAGCAACGACAAGUAGGCACCGAUCAUAUUGGGCUAUGCGAAACCGCUGA